GUGUGGUAGAAAAUUAUUAUUUCAGUACCUACUUUUUAAUAUUGAUUUACAAUACAUUGUGCAUUGUGACAAUAUGAUAUCCUAUAUAGCUUCAAAGUUUGGUGCUUUUAUUUUUAAAAAGAUCUUCAAGUUCGUUAUGUGCUCGUUGAGACUCUGUACCAGAGGACGGCAAAGAGGCUACAUUAUUUUGGCCACUAUGAUAACCCUCGGUAUCCUUCCGUAUUUAUCGAUUUCCCGAAAACCAUUAUGCUUACAAGAAACCCAAAGAAUAGUUGAAAACCGGUCAAAGGAAUACUGUUUACAUGAGAAAGGCAAGGGGUGCGAAAGGCCAAAACUCGAUCCUUUUGCUCCAGAAAUUAUGGCAAUGACAGAGGAUUUGCCGAAAAUAGCUUGUAGUGGCUUAGAUUGGGUAAUAUGUAAGGUAAGAAGGAUAGGUACAUUUAGACCAAAAAUUUUUACUAGUGCUAGUAGCUUUAAUCGGGUAAAAAGUCGAGUAACUACAUAA